AUGACUACACAUACCCUCCCCCGCAUCGCCAUCAUAGGCGGAGGUCCUGGGGGCCUCAUCCUUCUCCUUACGCUCCACAGACGCGGCAUCCCUGCCAUUCUCUACGAGCGCGAGACGAGCGCGGAUUCGCGCGCCCACCUCGGAGGCAUGUUGGAUCUUGGACAUGACAGCGGUCAACGCGCCCUACGCGAGAACGGCCUCCAGGAGGUCUUUUCCCUCAACUCUCGACCGGAGGCCGACACGUUCCGAGCCUGCGACUCAGCUGGUAACAUCCUAGUUUCCAAGGGUGCCGAUCCGAAUGAGAACCCUUUGGAUGUCCGCCCAGAGAUCGACCGCUCCGUGCUGCGGAAGAUCAUGCUCGAUGCUGUCCCUGCCGACGCUAUUCAGUGGGGCCACGCCCUGACCUCUGUACGCAGUCUCGAGAACGGCCAGCGCGAACUGACCUUCGCCAACGGCCACAUCGCUGUCGUCGAUAUCCUCGUGGGCGCAGAUGGUGCAAAUUCGCGGGUCCGCCCGCUUGUCUCCCGAGCCGUGCCGCUCUACCACGGCAUCACUGGCGCCGAGGUGUCCAUCUCACCGGAGCUUACGAAGAGGCCAGAGUUGGAGGAUGCAGCCGAGCUUCUCGGUGACGGGAGCUUAUAUGCCCUCGGUAAAAACCAGAUGAUCACCUCACAGCUCAAUGGCGACGGGCGCAUCCGCACGUACCUCAUGUUCCGCCGUCCGGCAGACUGGGUGCUUCCCAGCGAUCCAGCGGAAGCGCGGAAGAUCCUGCUCGAGGAGUACGGGAGCUGGUCGCCGACUAUGCGCAAGCUCAUUGAGUUCUGCGACGACGACGCGAUCUACCAGCGUUCGAUGUACCACCUACCCACGGACCACAAGUGGAGCCAUGUUCCUGGCGCGACCCUCGUCGGAGACGCGGCGCACUUGAUGAGCCCGUUCGCGGGUGCAGGGGUCAAUCUCGCUAUGCUUGACGGCCUUGAGCUCGGUCUGGUUCUGACGGACGCCAUCACCUCUGGUAAGAGCGCAGAGAAACGGGAGGCGGCCAUCGCGGCUUGGGAAGAGGAGAGGAUGAAAGAGGCGAACAGAGUUGCGGUGAUCGCCAAGGCUAAUCUCGAGGCCAGUAUCAGCUCAGACGCUUCGGUAACUGGUAUCGAGGCAUUGUCAAAGUACCUGGAGAAGGCUGAACUUAGAAGAAAGACGUGA